AUGAAAGAAGGGAACCCAAGGAAAAAUCUAAAGGAUCAAAAGGUGAUGGAUGAACUAAACCAAUGGAACUCAGAGUCAUCGCAUCCGGAACCUGAUGAUCAGGACGAGCUAGCAUACAUGUACCAGCAGCAAGAAGGGCAUGCCGGGAUGCAGCAGCUGUUCCAAGACCCACACCCGCGGCACCACACGCUGGCCAUGUCCGGUUUCCAGAGGUUUGGGAGUGCCUCGGCACUGCCUAACCUGUCGUUCAGAGGAGCGGUGGCGGCGGUCAAGAACGAGCAAGGGCAGCCAUCGUCGUCGAGCAUCCUCUCGUUCGGCGGGCUGCCGCCGGUGGCUAGAACGCUCACCUUCUCGGGAGGAGAAGACUGGCCCAACGUCGCCGUCGAAGGGGUGCCGCCGGAGAGGCGGAGCCGGUCGCACUUGAGCACGCAGGAGCACGUCGCCGCCGAGCGCAAGCGGCGUGAGAAGAUGCAGCGGCAGUUCGUGGCGUUGGCCACCAUGGUCCCCGACCUCACCAAGACAGACAAGAUCUCUAUCCUUGGGAGCACCAUCCAGUACGUGAAGCAGCUUGAGGAGAAGGUGAAGACACUAGAGAAGCAAAGCGCAAGGAGAACAGCAGCCUCUGAAUACACGGGGUCUGAGGACAAGGGUCACGUAUCCUCAGCCGACACCCAGCAGGCAUCAGGUCCCAGCGGGAGCACCACCCGUGGUGUCGGCAGCUCCAUCCCGACCGUCGAGGCGAGCAUCCAUGACGACACCGUCCUGCUGAAAAUCUGUUGCCAGAGGAGGAGCGGAGUGCUGGUGAUGAUCAUCUCCGAGCUCGAGAGCCUGGGCCUCUCCAUCAUAAACACCAGUGUCUUCCCAUUCAGUAACCCGUAUUUCAGCAUCAACAUCACUGCCAAGAUUGGAGAAGGCUUUUCCACGACAGUUGAGCUCGUGAAGAAUCUCACCACGGCUCUCAGAGGUUUCUCUUGAUUGAAAAAAAAAGAGACGGAAUAGGAAGAGUAUUAAGUGAAUGCGAAUGGAGCUAAUUUCUUCUAUCUUUAAUGAUAUAAUUUUCACUGUCUGUUUUCCUUUCAAAGAUUAUUAAAGUAUCCCCCUUAUUACUUAUUUUAUGUCUAAUGAAAUUUCUUGUAAGUGUACCAAUGCUCCAAAAAAUGACGGGGCCUUUAUCCACCUAAAAAUAAUACCUUUUCGAUAGGAUCUCGGAAAAAAUAAGUAAUCAUUAGCACUAGUACGAUUCAUGAAU